AUGUACCCAUCCAACAUUAAUGAAACCACUUUCCAGUACUCCGUGUCUUCCUCCUCCUCGCCCACUCUGGACUUUGUCCUAGACAGUGGGGCCACUGAAACUGCUCUCAAAGAUGCUGGUACACUCACACCCCUCUCCCCUCCCACUCAAGUUCACGGUGCUGACAGCAGCUUCACCAUCCCAUGCACACACCUCUCCACUCUCCCCUGCUCACUCUUCCCCUCUGGUAAGGUAACUGGUCUCCACAUCCCCACUCUCCGAAACAACCUCCUCUCCCACCGUGAAAUCCAAGGUGCAGGUAUCACUGCGGUCUAUCCUGGUAAUGCCACCUACUGUGACCUUUACCAUACUGCCUCCGGCCGCUUCCUCCUCCGCAUACCCCUCUGCCCCCGCACUCGCCUCUACACUCUCCGCACUCCGUGGCCAUCCUCCUGUCAUGUCACCACUCGUGCGGGUACCUCCACUAGCCCUCCCCAUCUCCCUCCCUCCCCUCCCACUCCACCAUCCCCCCACUCCUUCAUCCCGCCCUCACUCGUUCCAGCCCCCUCCACCUCCGACCAUCUCUCCCACCCCGCUGUUCUCCUACAUCACCGACUCGGUCAUCCCAAUUUCGCUGCUCUCCGCACUGCCGUCACCUCACGACUUCUUCACAGCCUCCCUCCCACCCUUCCUCCCCUUCCCUCCUCCCCUGCCCCCCCAUGCCCCUCCUGCAUCCACGGCAAACUCAAACAAUCCCCUCAUCACAGCCACCCCUCCUUUGCUCCUGCACCAAUUGGCCUCAUCCAUAUGGACCUCUGGGGCCCUCUCCCACCCGCUCACGCCAAGGCCAUCGCUACAUGCUGCCGCAUCCGCGAAAUUACUAAGAUCGCCCGCUGUCUCCUCGCUCACGCCUCCACACCCCCUUCUCUCUGGGGCUAUGCCCUCCUUCAUGCUUCCCUCCUCCUCAACCUUCACUCCCAUCCCCAACACACUGCCACUACCCCCACGGAGCUCUGGUCAGGGUCCAAACCUGAUGCUGCUGGACUCCGUGUCUGGGGUUGCAAGGCAUAUGUGCUCAUCCUUCCAUCUGAACGGACCUACGGCAAGCUCGCUCCUCGUGCCCUCGAGUGUGUCUACCUUGGCCACAACCGCGACUCGCCUGGUUACCUUUUCCUCCACCCUCUCUCUGGUCGCCUCAUCCGCAGCAUCGACGUUGUGUUCGAUGAGACCACCCCAUACUACUCCUCUCCACCACCAGACCCCCUCCCUCCUCCUACACGUCCUCUCACUUGGACCGACACUGUCCUCCCUCCCCUCCUCCCUCCAGCACCUCUUCUCCCACCCCUCCCCACCCCGCUUUCCGCCACCUUCAUCUGCCGAUAUCUACGAUCCCACUGCUCCAGCAUCCCCUGCACACUCCGCGGCUCCCCCUCCCUCCUCUCCUUCCCACUCUCCUUCUCAUCCAUCCCAGCAGCAACAGCAGCAGCCGCAGCAGCAGCAGCAGCCGCAGCAGCAGUAGCAGCAGCAGCAGCAGCAGCCGCAGGGGCAGCAGCAGCAGCGGCAGCAGCAGCAGCCGCAGGGGCAGCAGCAGCAGCCGCAGCAGCAGCAGCAGCCGCAGCAGCAGCAGCGGGGGCAGCCACAACAGCAGCAGCACCAGCAGCAGCAGGGGCAGCAGCAGCAGCCGCAGCAGCAGCAGCAGCAGCCGCAGCAGCAGCAGCAGCAGCCGCAGCAGCAGCCGCAGCAGCAGCAACAGCAGCAGCAGGGGCAGCAGCCGCAGCAGCAGCAGGGGUUCCAGCAGCACCAGCAGCAACAGCGGCAGAGGGCAACUGCCCGCUCCUCACCUUUCCUCCUCCCUCGCAUGCACACCCGCUCUCUUGA